GAGAGCUCCUGGCUAUGGAUGGGAAGGACAUACAGUAACCACGCCCACUUAGGGCAUUAUCCAAUCAAAGCCUUUGGUAGGGUGACGUCACCCCCGCCUGCAAUCCGAGCGAGAGGGAAGAGGAAGCAGGAGAGGGGGGGAAAGAGGCGGCGGAGUGCGGGGUCACGACCUCUGACCUCUCACCGAGGAGAAAAACUCAAAACAACCGAAAGAAUAGGGGUCCGCUGGUUAUUCCCGGGGUCGGGGAGCUGCCGGGGCCGCCAGGAGCUGAGGGGAUGCGGCUGUGACAAGAACCUCCGUUGGGGUGAGGUUCAGGAAUCUUCAGUGAUGACCAGCUCCUCCCAGCGCAUCCAAAUAAUCUCCACCGACUCUGCCGUACCCACCCCACAGCGCAUCCAGAUUGUGACAGAUCAGCAGACCGGGCAGAAGAUCCAGAUCGUGACGGCCGUCGACUCCUCUGUGUCGCCCAAGCAGCAGUUUAUCUUGGCCAGCCCCGAUGGAUCUGGAGCAGGGAAGGUGAUCCUGGCAACCCCCGAGUCUCCCAAUGCCAAGCAGCUGAUAUUCACCACGGAAAACUUAGUGCCAGGGAGGAUCCAGAUAGUGACAGAUGCCGCCUCCGUGGAGAGACUGUUGGGCAAGACAGACGUCCAGCGGCCGCAGAUCGUAGAGUACUGCGUCGUCUGCGGAGACAAAGCGUCAGGCCGUCAUUAUGGCGCUGUUAGUUGUGAAGGAUGUAAGGGCUUCUUUAAGAGAAGCGUCCGAAAGAGCCUGACCUACAGCUGCCGCAGCAGCCAGGACUGCGUCAUCAACAAACACCACAGGAACCGCUGCCAGUUUUGCCGGCUUAAAAAAUGCUUAGAAAUGGGCAUGAAAAUGGAAUCGGUGCAGAGUGAGAGAAAACCCUUUGACAUCCAACGGGAGAAACCCUUAAACUGUGCAGCCUCAACAGAGAAGAUCUACAUCCGAAAGGACCUGAGGAGCCCUCUCAUAGCAACACCCACAUUUGUGACUGACAAAGAAGGAGGGAGACAAGCCGGACUCCUAGAUCCAGGGAUGUUGGUGAAUAUCCAGCAGCCUCUAAUCCGUGAUGACGGCACCAUGGUCCUGUCUGCAGAUUCCAAGCAGUCAGAGACGAAUCAGAGCGGGCUGGGAACCCUGGCAAACGUGGUAACGUCUCUCGCCAACCUGUCAGAGUCAUUGAAUAACGGGGACACGUUGGAUGUCCAACAAGAGGACCAAUUCUCCAGUGAGAUCACCCGGGCGUUUGACACCUUAGCAAAAGCACUUAACACAACAGACGCCGGACAGAACUUGUCGGAAGGGGCGGACACGGUGUCAGGAGGGAACAUUCAUGUAAUUAGUCGGGAUCAUGCCACCCCUAUCCUCGAAGUGGAAGGACCGCUCCUCUCAGACACGCAUGUCACUUUCAAGCUCACAAUGCCCAGCCCGAUGCCAGAAUACCUGAACGUACACUAUAUAUGUGAGUCUGCGUCUCGUUUGCUUUUCCUUUCCAUGCAUUGGGCUCGGUCCAUACCUGCCUUCCAAGUUCUGGGGCAGGACUGUAACACAAGCCUCGUACGUGCCUGCUGGAACGAGCUGUUCACCUUGGGUCUCGCGCAGUGUUCGCAGGUGAUGAGCCUCUCCACCAUUCUGGCCGCCAUAGUCAAUCACCUGCAAAACAGCAUACAGGAAGAUAAACUAUCUGGAGAGCGGGUGAAGCAGGUGAUGGAGCACAUAUGGAAGCUGCAGGAGUUCUGCAACAGUAUGGCGAAACUGGACAUCGAUGGCUAUGAGUAUGCCUAUCUGAAGGCCGUGGUCCUCUUCAGUCCAGAUCACCCUGGGCUCAGCAGUACGGUGCAAAUUGAGAAGUUUCAGGAAAAGGCACAAAUGGAGCUUCAAGAUUAUGUACAGAAAACAUACCCAGAAGACACAUACAGACUGGCCCGAAUCCUGGUGCGGCUCCCAGCUCUCAGGCUUAUGAGCUCCAGCAUUACGGAGGAACUUUUUUUUACCGGCCUUAUUGGCAACGUUCCCAUUGACAGCAUCAUCCCCUACAUCCUGAAGAUGGAGACGGCGGAAUACAACGGGCAGAUAACAGGGACCAGCGUAUAGCCGGAAAUAGCACUUGUGCACGGAUCAAGCACUUUUCAACGUACCCUUCCAGGGCGUGAGAAAGCGCACUAACACUUGGGGAACAUGUACUUAGAUCCCAUUCAGGAGUAAACGCGUCCCCCGCCAGUGAACAUUUCAGUAGCCGUAACCCUUUUUCCAUUACCGCAGAGACACCAUGUAAACAGCCAUAAUCCGAUGAUCAGGUAGGAGCGUUCAUCUAUUACAGGUCAAUGUUUUCUAGGCGUGUACCUACCUUUGUAUAUCCUAACAGAAUCAGUGACUAUUUCCAGCUACCCCUCCCCCCCUUUUUUAUUGUAACUAUAAGACUAUGUAUUAUUCCAUAUGUGGGACAGGAUUGCAGAAGCGCGCCUUAGAAAGGCAGUAUUAGAGGUAAACCCGUCAUUUCACAGAGGGAAGCAGGUCACUUAUUUUUUUUUUAAGCAUCUUCUCCAAUCCUCUACAUUUCCAGUCACAUUUUCCCCUUUAGUUAGAUGUUCCUGGAAACACAGCCGGUGUCUUGACCCCAUUUUCCAGACAGACGACAGCCCCCCUGACCCGAAUGUAUGAUACAUACAGUCAGUCUCUAUCUGAUCGCAGGGCUAAUGCUGUGUACCAGGGGCGGACAGGGGAACUUCCCCGUAGGCUGAUGCCGUGGCGGUCGCCUGAGUCCUCACAGCCGCCAGCCAGGUAAGUGAUGCCCAAGCCUUCCUUACUGCUGCCGACCGGGUACAUAGUGAUCUGCUGCUCUCAGCAUUAAUUACUGCAGGGAGCAUCAUGCACUUCUGUACCUGGCUGGCAGGUGCCCUCCUGAAUUCCACUGUAUCACCAUCCAUAAGACUGUAAUACAGUUGAAUACUGCAGCGGGGUACAUCAGUAUUUAGUGCUGCCCUAUGGUAUUGCUGGCCCCGCCUACAACAUGGGGCCACUUUAAAAAAAAAUUCCCAGGGCCAUUUUAAGUUCCCAGUCCACCCCUGUUGUGUACUAACAAAUAUAAACUGACUGUAUCAUAAUGAUGGUCAGUUUGGGUCAGGGGAGAUGUAGUCAUCACACGGGCCAUGCUUCCCGGGCCGAUCGCGGUCAUUUGCAUGAGCUCUUACCUAAAUAAAGCUUAAAAGGGUUUUCUGGGAAUUUUUUAUUAUUCAGGAUAGGUCAUCAGUAUCUGAUUGGUGGGGGUCUGACACCCAGGACCCCCGCUGAUCUGCUAUUUGAGAAGCCACCGGCUCAGCUGUGAGCGCCGCAGCCUUUUCUGUGCAGCGCUGUACACUUUAUAGCGGCUGCGCUCGGUAUCGCAGCUCAGCCUUCUUCACUUGAAUGGGGCUGAGCUUCUCCUAGGCAAUGUGGCCGAUGAACAUGUCAUCACUGGCCUAGGAAAAGCUGAGAGAAGGCUGCGGUGCUACUGCGAGCCUUCUCAAAGAGCUGAUCAGCGGGGGUCCCAGGUGUCGGACCCCCACCGAUCAGAGACUGAUAGAUCAUCAGUGAAAAAAAUCCUUUACAGGGGUUUUCUGGAUUUGGGAUAUUGAUAGAGUAUCCUCAAAAUAGGUCAUCAGUAUGUCCGACUCUCCGUCAGAGCCUGUUUGAAGGGGUCCCAGUGCUUGUGCCACCACUGCAGCCUCUUCAUUGUUUACAAGGGUCUGUCUGUGUACAAGGCAUCUACUUAUUGACGGCGGUGCAGGAUACCGCAGCUUCAUCUCGGGAUAAAGCUUCAGUAUUUGGCUCUGCAGCUACUAAAUAGAUGUCGUGCAGACCCACAGAAACAGCGAAGAGGCUGCAGCAGUCACACAAGCACUGGGACCCCGUCAAACAGCAGGACUCGGACCCCCACCGGUCUGAUAUUGAUAGCCUAUCCUGAGGGUAGACAAUCAGUAUUCUGAGCCCUGAAAAACCCUUAAAAGGGUCGUCUCGCUUUAGCAAAUGACAUUUAUCAUGUAGAGAAAGUUACUACAAGGCCCUUCCUACUGUAUUGUGAUUCUCCAUAUUGCUUCAUUUAUUUUUACAUCACAUUAUACAUGGCCCAUACCCAGGGGUUAUGACCACCCUCCAAAUCCAUCAGCAGUGGUGGUCGUGCUUGCACACUAUAGGAAAAAGCACUGGCCUGGACCAUGGGACUCACAUAGGCACGCAUGCACAGCAGCUCCUGUCCCGGCCAACUUGUAUCUGUCCCGCAACGCCUGGAAACGAGCCGUGUAUAAUGUGAUGGAAAAUGAAUCCAGCCAGCAAAGGAGGCAAAAUGGAGAAUCACAAUACAUUAGGAAGAGCCUUUUAUUAACUUUCUCUCCAUGAUAAAUGCCAUUUGUUGAAAUGAGAGGACCACUUUAAAUCUAAGAUAAAAAAAAAUAUUUUGUGUUCCAAUUCCUCACUAAUUUUAUAAACUCUGCUUGCUGUCAGUGAAAAGAAAUAUUCCUGUUUAUGCCCAGAGGCUGAAAACCUGUAGUGACCUAAGACAUAAUUGUUGCAGAAAUGUCAAUGCAGUAAUCCCUGCACCUGCUGCCAAGUCAAGCACAUUCAGAUACCCAGUGGCAUCAUUUCUGCAACAAAAUCUGCCAUGUGUGAACUCGCCCCCGACACUGAGGGUUUGUAUCCAGCCUUGACAAUCCUGGACUCCAGACUGAUACACUUUACCUGCCCUGAUACAUUGUAACAAAUCAUCAGGACAGGAAGCUGUUGUGUUCAGCUCACAGAGGAGUGUCUAGACUGGAUACAAUUGUAGCAAACCCUCAGCUAUGAAAUAUAUUUGGGCAAGACUGGUUUUCUUCCGCCAGAUGUAAACCAGAAUGUUUGCCAACAGCAAGCAGAGAUCUUGAUGCAGAACUUGCACCAUGAUGAAACUUUAUUGAUUUGAAAUUGGGCAAUUUGGAUAACUGAUUUAACUUUGAUUUCAGCCCAUUUAGUGCAUUAAAUCUUGCUGCCUGUAGGGGGCGCCGUUAGAUGGAGCGGUCAGAGAACCGUCACUCCCUGGACACGACCCGCACAUACUCCUUGUACUGUGGAGAUUAUGGACAUGUAGUGCACACACCAGGGGUUGUAGUCCAGCACUAGGGAUGGGCACCAUACUCGGUGCCUACCCGAUUGGGGCCACAGCCUUGGAGACGGGCAGUGGUGUCCAUCUUGGUGAAACAUUUCCGUUGGUCAGUCUCAUUUCAGAUUCCUACAGACAUUUCUCAUACCGGGUCGGUCAUUAGUAAAGUGGCCUCUGACCGAAGGCUAUUUACUAAGGUGUAAACUAAUGCAAGAUACAGUCCUGCAAAAAAUAAGUUAUUCUUGUUUUCUCCAUUCACAUCCAAAGCUGCAUUAAAAAAUCUGCUGCUAACCUGUAAACAGGCAGAGAUUUAGCUCCUCCCCUCUGUAGGUCAUGUGACUUGGGGAACAGUCGGCGGAGUUCCCACAAUGCACUGGGAGUUGGCAGAAUCUUGAAUUUAGCUUUAGAUGUGACAGGAGAAGGGAAGCUGUAACUGAAGAUUGAUAAAGGACUACAGAGGUCCACUUAAAAUGCUGAGGAACAUUUUGACCCUUAAAAUGAUGCACUUGACUCCCAUUGCUUUAACCCCUCAUGGACAAGGGUUCUGUAGACAAAUGCACUUAUAAGACUCUGGUCUUUUUUUUUUCCCAUGUACUAUCAUUUUUUAAAAUAUUCCUUUAAUCCGGCACCAGUUCAUUCAUUGUAUCACGAGAUGUCUUUCAGCUUUGUAUCCUGCUACCUCACAGUUUUCAAGCUCUCUGCUUGCUGUCAGUGAUUAGGAACGUGAUCCAUGCCCUAGUCCUGCUCACGCAGUUGCACUGAAGGUAUGUUCACAUGUGGCUGCGGAUUUCACCCUGUGGAACUGCAGGUCGAAAAAUCCGUGGCAUAUUACAGUAGCCGCGUCCACACGGCGCAGAAAAACAUCCGCAGCGGAAAUUGACCUCUCAUGCAAACUGGCAGCGUGUCCGUUUACCCUGAAAACCACAGCAAGCGUAUAGCGGUCUGCUGCGGAUUGGGACACGGCGGAAAUUCCACCUGUUUCUUUUAUAAUAUUAGGUACCAGAAUAAUGUCUGCGCCAUUUGUAGUGACGCAUAGCGCUGUUUUAAUGCAUUUUUAUAGAAAGGAUUUUUUUAUAUAUAUUAUUAAAUCGGCAGACCCUGCGUUGCAACUUUUUUAAUGCCUGUACUACAGUGUUCUGUGGCACAGGCAUGUUUUGCACCGUCCUUGCCACCUGGGAGAGGCUGGAGCCGGUGCCGGUGCUGGUGCCUCGGCCCAGACUAAUUUACCAUAUUUUACACAAAAGAGGAGUGAAAACUUCACCAGUCAAGGGCCGGAUUGGUUUUCACUCCAGGCGCAUGGACCGCCACAGGCCUGCACCGCGUCAUAAGUUAGCCGAAUCCUCCAGCAGCGCAGGGGGAACAAAGACUUUGUAAAUUACCCCUAAUAUAUUCCUUAAAUAUUCAAGAUGUCUGGGGUACUAGUCACACUUAUGGGUGCAUAACUUUCGUAGAGACGUAUGCCUAAUUUCAGCUCACUUGCGCCACAAUUUUAUGCGCAUUCUAAUUAGAUCAAUCUUAGUGAAUAUGAACCUGUCUUACAAGAAAACAACCACAAGAGGUCAGACUUGGGCCUCUUUCACACGACCGUUGGCUUUUUCAGUAUUUUGCAGUCCGUUUUUCACAGAUCCGUUGUUCCGUUUUGUGUUUCCGUUUCCGCUCCGUUUUUCUGUUCUGUUUU